CCAAGAUCUACAACACCGCGGCAGGUUUUUUGCAGCGUCAUUUGCCCUUGGUGUCGCACGGCUUCAAACAGGUGGACGCGGACGUGUCUUUGAUCCGCCUGGUCCAGCGAGAGUGCGAGGAUGCGGCCAUCCCGGUGAUUCGUCGGUUUCUGGAGGACAAAGGCGUGGCCGAGAAGUGCCGCGCGGUGGCGGAGGCCAGCCGCGGCGACGAUGGGUUGGACGGUGGGGCAUUUCACGCCCGGAAGGAGGGGGGCCAUCGCCGACGAGGAGCGCAGGCUUCGGGCGGCGAGGGAGAGGAGGCGUUACCCAUCGGGGAGAUGGACGGGCUGAUGGACGCGCUCGCCCUCGUGAUACAGCACACGGAGAGCUACGACCGGUUCCUGCGACACGUGGCGGCCGAGGUUCUGGAGACGGGCCGGGACCUGGGAGCGCCCGUCUUGCCGGCGGUCACGGAUUUGAACGGGGCGGUGGCGGAGGUCGCCGGGCCCUUCGCCCUGUUGGAGGACUAUGUGAUGCGCGCCUCCAUCGCCAAGGCUCUGCAGAUCGACGAGCUACCGCCCUGCCCGCUCUCGCUCGUGCNGGCAGGCACCUCCCUCGUGGCCUCGGGCGCAGGGAUUGCCUCCAUCGGCGAGGGCGACGACCUGCUCCUCAGCACCGGCCGUGGGGACUCUCCCCUCACCUCGAGCGCCGUAGACGACAGCUUCUACGUGCUCAGGCGGUGCGCUCGA